UUUAACACUUAUAAUUCCAGAUUUCCAAACUAACGGUUCACUUAAGCCCCAAACCCUAACUUAGUUAUUUUGACACUACAUACACCGUCGAACGUGAAAAAUGGUGAAAGUACGAAUGAACACGGCUGACCUUGCCGCUGAGGUCAAGUGUCUACGACGGUUAAUUGGGAUGCGUUGCUCUAAUGUCUAUGACUUGAAUCCCAAGACAUAUGUGUUUAAGCUUAUAAACAGCAGUGGACAAACUGAAUCCGGCGAGAGCGAGAAAGUCUUGUUGUUGAUGGAAAGUGGCGCCAGGUUGCAUACUACUGAUUAUGUAAGGGACAAAAGCAAUACUCCUUCCGGAUUCACACUCAAACUAAGGAAGCACAUAAGGACUAGAAGGCUUGAGGAUGUGCGGCAAAUUGGAUAUGAUAGGAUAGUUCUCUUUCAAUUUGGACUUGGUGCUAAUACACAUUACGUGUUAUUGGAGCUGUAUGCCCACGGGAAUAUAAUUCUCACAGAUUCUGAUUUCAUGGUUUUGACUCUUCUUCGAUCACACAGGGAUGAUGACAAAGGAUUGGCAAUUAUGUCGAGGCACAAGUACCCAUUAGACCUUUGUCGAGUUUUUGAGCGGACCACUAUUACAAAGGUACAAGAAGUCCUUGCAUCUAAAAUACCCCCCGAAGCAUCCAAAAAAACCCCCAAGCGCAAUGAACACAUGAAACAUAGUGAGGUGGGUGAUAUUGGUCCUGAUAUGCAUAAAGCAAAGCAAAAACGAGAACGUUCAAGGUCUGCGGGUAAGCCAAAAACUGGUACCUAUCCCCAGAAACUGACCUUUAAAUUUGCUCUCGGGGAAGCAUUGGGUUAUGGACCGGGAAUACUGGAACAUAUUAUUCUAGAUGCUGGGUUGGCUCCAAAUGUAAAAUUUACAAAGCACUUUAAAUUAGAUGAAAAUGCUCUCCAGGCUCUGCUAAAAUCUAUUGAGAAAUUUGAAGACUGGAUGGAGGACGUUAUAAAAGGGGAUAAAAUUCCUGAAGGAUAUAUCUUGAUGAAGAGGAAGGUUUUGGGGGAGGACUCCAGUACUUCUGAUAGUGAAACGCAAAACUCUAAUCAGAUCUACAAUGAUUUUUGCCCAUUGCUGUUGAAUCAGUUUAAGUCGAGGGAUUCUUUGUAUUUUGAGACCUUUGAUGCAGCACUGGAUGAGUUCUACAGUAAAAUCGAGUCUCAAAAGUUGGAACAACAGCAUAAAGCGAAAGAGAGCUUCGCAAUGCAGAAACUUAACAAAAUACGCACAGACCAGGAAAGCCGUGUACAUGUAUUGAAGAAUGAAGUUGAUAAUAGUGUUAAAAUGGCGGAACUGAUUGAGUACAACUUAGAAGAUGUUGAUGCUGCUAUACUAGCUGUUCGUGUUGCUGUGGAAAAUGGUAAGAGUUGGGAAGAUCUAGUUCGCAUGGUAAAAGAGGAGAAAAAGUCUGGAAAUCCUGUGGCUGGCCUCAUUGACAAGCUCUACCUUGAAAAAAAUUGCAUGACACUUCUUUUGAGUAACAAUCUCGAUGAAAUGGAUGAUAAUGGAAAGACACAACCUGUAGAUAAGGUGGAAGUUGACCUGACACUUUCAGCUUUUGCCAAUGCUCGGCGCUGGUAUGAAAUGAAGAAAAAACAGGAAAGCAAGCAGGAAAAGACAGUCUCAGCUCAUGAAAAAGCUUUCAAAGCUGCUGAGAGAAAGACCCAGUAUCAUCUUUCACUGGAAAAAACUGUUGCUGCAAUUACACAUAUGCGCAAAGUUCACUGGUUUGAAAAAUUCAACUGGUUUAUCAGCAGUGAGAAUUAUCUGGUAAUUAGUGGAAGAGAUGCUCAACAAAAUGAGAUGAUAGUCAAACGUUAUAUGUCAAAAGGAGAUUUGUAUGUCCAUGCAGAACUUCAUGGAGCUUCUAGCACCAUAAUUAAAAACCACAAGCCAGAAAGCCCUGUACCCCCUCUCACGUUAAACCAAGCUGGAUGUUUCACUGUCUGUCACAGCCAGGCUUGGGACUCCAAGAUUGUCACAAGUGCGUGGUGGGUCUAUCCUAACCAGGUCAGUAAAACUGCUCCCACCGGAGAAUAUCUCACAGUUGGAAGUUUCAUGAUCCGGGGGAAAAAGAAUUUUCUUCCACCACACCCUCUUGUCAUGGGAUUUGGAAUGUUAUUUCGUUUGGAUGAGAGUUCUUUGGGGUCUCAUAUAAAUGAGAGGAGAGUUAGGGGUGAAGGGGAAGGAAUAAAUGAAAAAGAGGAAACUGAUCAUUUUAAAGAACUAUCAGACUCUGAGUCCGAGGAGGAGGUUUCAGAGAAGCACAAUCUGCCAUUGGGAACUAGUCCAGAGUUGUCUAGAGAAGAACCAAGACUUGAAGCAGUGUCUAGUGAGUAUCACUCAGACAAUAGUCCAAAUAUCAGUGAUGUCAAAGCUAUGAACGAGCAGAAACAUUCUGUUGAAAAUGGGGCUAGUCUGCAUAAUAUGCACACCGGACCUCAAUUUUCUGGUACCUCACAACUUGAGGACCUUAUGGAUAGAGCACUAGUGCUUAGGCCUACUGAGUUGGCUAAUAAUAACGGGUUCCAAGGUUCUCAAGAAGGAUCUGAGCAACAUAAUCUUUACGACGGAGAAAGAGCACAAAGGGAAAAGCCUUAUAUUUCAAAAGCUGAGAGAAGAAAGCAAAAGAAAGACCAGAAAAGAGACAGUGUAAAUGGGUCAAUUAAUCAUGGAAAGAAAGAGGAUUCCAGAUGUAAUAGCAAUACAAGAAGCGAGCCUGACAAUCACAAUCAAUCUUCGAGGCCAGGAGGUGGUGGGAAAUUGAUCCGCGGGCAGAAAGGUAAGCUUAAGAAGAUGAAAGAAAAGUACGCUGAUCAGGACGAGGAGGAAAAGGAAAUUCGAAUGGCUUUACUUGCUUCUGCUGGAAAAGUAGAAAAUAACAUAGUGGAGCCUGAGACUGAAGUAUCAGCAGCAGAUGUGCCAAAACCAGUUACUGGCUUUGGAGUUGCGACAAAAAUAUGUUACAAAUGUAAGAAGGCAGGUCAUCUGUCUCGCGAUUGCCAAGAGCUUCCAGAUGAAGCUCUGCAAGGUCGUGCACGUACUAGACCUAAGAAAAGUUCCGAUGCAAGCAUAGAUAUAGGUGGUACUGAGGAAGACAGGGUAGCCAUGGAAGAAGAAAAUAUACAUGAGAUUGAGGAAGAUGAGAAAGAUCAACAAAAUGAUGCGGAUUAUUUGACAGGGAAUCCGUUGCCUAAUGACAUCUUAUUAUACGCCGUACCUGUCUGUGGCCCUUACAAUGCAUUGCAAUCAUACAAAUAUCGAGUCAAGAUAAUCCCAGGCACAUCAAAGAGAGGGAAAGCUGCCAAGAUGUCUGUGAACUUGUUCAGUCAGAUGCCAGAGGCAACACAAAGAGAGAAGGAACUGAUGAAAGCAUGUACAGAUUCUGAGAUUGUUGCCGCAAUCAUUGGCAAUUUGAAAGUGUGUGCGACAGGCCUUAAUCAACUGAAGCAGAAAGAAAAGAAAGGAAAGAAAGCUAGCAGACAACAAAAAUAGCGACUUUAAGAGUAGUCCAGACACGCAUAAGUAGAACUUCUCUUGGCUUAUGAAGAGAGUUCAAAGGGAUCUGCAUUUGACUGAAGAUAACAUGAUCAAAUCUUUGCUUACAGUGACUGAAAAGUUACUUGUCUUUAAUAUUGUGACGUGUUGGCUUUAAUUCUAUUGGUGAAACUGGAUGUGAAUACUAUGAACUAUGAAGACAGCAAGUCUCAACACGCGGUAAUAUAGACAACAUUAGUUCUUAC